AUGCCGCCAAAACCAAACAAAAAAUAUCAGCAGAGACGCAAGCAUGCUCGAAGAAGGUUUCAUCGCCAACGACUUGCCCGUACUCGUCAAGAGGAACCGGCUAUUUAUAGCGAUCCCUUUUGUCCCAUCUCUGCUGAAGAGACUGCCAAACGAAGCGAGCAAGAGAAGAUCUGGCUGCAGCGAGAGGCUGAAUAUGAAUCAAACCGACUUUUAAAAGAAUCGAAAGAGCGAGCUGAAUUAGACCGACUACAGCGAAUCAAGGACAAUUGGGGGAAUAAAUUCAAAUCACUGAAGGUGGCCAUACAAGCAGUUAAACAGUCGGAGCCUGUUUUAAUCACUAUUCCAGCAUGCAAUGGGCUGACUCAAUCCAUACUGCCAUCUAUGGCCGAGAUUAAACCUAUUCGAGAUGCAUUUGCAAUGUCUGCUCACCCAUCACUACCAGCAGCAUUUCCCAAAGCAAAUAAACCAAUACGCAGUGAGAUUGCACACUUAUCACUCAUUAUGCAAUCUAACCGGCUAAAAAUCUCCUCGGAUACAGCAUACAAUGAGUUUAAAGAAACUCUGGUUGAGACUGGAUCAGAACCGUGUUCAUCCUCAACUAAAGAUGUAGUCAUACACACAGCUCAAGAAAUCAGCAAGGAGUCAAAACCUGAAUCUGUGGAGCUUGUUGAACUUGUCGAGCCUAAACCAAGAGUCACUAAACGUUCAAGAUCGAGGUCGCCGCGCAGAAGAGAUUCAAGAAACACAAAGCCUCUAUCCAAGCAUUCCAGAUCUGACUCAUUGAACUACAGACAUCGCAAGAAACAUCGGACAUCUGAUUCGUCCAUCUCAAACACAGAGCACGGUUCCUCUCGAAAAAGUAGUCGAUACCAUUCACGCAAAAAUGACAAUCAUAGCGAGCACUAUCGUCACCACAGAUCAUCACACCGGUCUAGAUCACCGCAGUACCGACACAACCGAUAA